AGGAAGUGGGUUGUGUUGCGGUGUGUGAGCUGAAUCUCCGAGCUGUUGGAGUAACAAUGUCUUCAAUUCCGUAUCUGAGAGAGCUUAUUAACGAGCGACUAACUGCUGCUGCUGAAGAAAUUUUCACAGAGAUUGAAAAAACGAUCGUCCAGUACGAGGAAGAGAUCGACCGUCAGCGUAGACUGCUGGAUAUCACCCGGAAACCCGAAAUAAAGUUGCACACAGCAGACUUCCAACAGCAGCAUGUCUUUAAGGACGAGGCAGAUCUCACUGACCAACCACUCCAGCCUAGUCUGCAUCAGAAGGAAUCAGAGUCUCUACAGAUUAAACAGGAACAGGAGGAACUCUGCAGCAGUCAAGGGGAAGAGCAGCAUGUACUGAAGCAGGAGAUUUAUACCCAUUUGUUGUUUCCUACUUAUAAGGAAAGUGAGCACAAUGAACCAGAACCAAACAGUGACCAGCUCCUCUCUCACAGCUGUCCUGAAACUGAAAGCCACAAUCAAAAAGAAAGCAAGAAUAUAGAUUCAGGGUCAAUUAGAAAUACAAACAGAAAUCACAGUAAUGAUGCAGAAGACUAUCUCCUGUCAGAGGGUCAUUACAAAACUGACACAGGUCAAAAAUCUUUCAAAUGUGAUAUUUGUGGAAAAACCUUUAAGAAAAGGUCCCAAAUAAAAGAGCAUUAUAGAAUCCACACUGGUGAGAAGCCACAUUCUUGUAAAAUAUGUGAGAAAUGUUUUGCUCAUAGGAGCAAUUUGUUGCGCCACAUGAGAAUCCACACAAAAGAGAAGUUACACUCUUGCCAAACAUGUGGAAAAUCAUUCAGUCAAACUAGUCAUCUGUUGGUCCAUAUGAGAAUCCACACAGGUGAGAAACCAUAUCCUUGUAAAACAUGUGGUAAAAAGUUCACACGAAGUAGUAAUCUGUUGGAGCACAUAAGAACUCACACAGGUGAGAAACCAUUUCAUUGUAAAAGAUGUGGUAAAAUGUUCACACGAAGUAGUAAUUUGUUGGAGCACAUGAAAACUCACACGGGUGAGAAGCCAUAUCCUUGUAACACAUGCGGGAAAAAGUUCACAUUUAGUAGUCAUUUGUUGGUGCACAUAAGAACUCACACAGGCGAGAAGCCAUAUCAUUGUAAAAUGUGUGGGAAAAUGUUUACACGUAAUAGUGUUUUGUUGCGCCACAUGAAAACUCACACAGGUGAGAAGUUAUAGCUGAAUCAAGAAAUCAUGUAAAUAGAACUUGUCUUACACAGCGAAGCAGUCUGAAAGAUCUUAAAAAAGCAGCACAUCAUGCUGGAGUUUUAAGAAAAAGCUGAGAAGUCACUGGCAUCCAUCAGCCCGGAAAGGGUUGCACACCAUUUCUAAGGCUUCGGGACUCCAGUGAACCACAGUGAGAGCUAUUAUCCACACAUGGAGAAAACUUGGAACAGUUUCCCAGGAGUGGCCUUGGAAGUACUGUACAUCAAAACCUGUAAGGUCAGUUUACUAACAUAUAUUUCCCAUCUGUGUCAGACGACACAGGCUUCAAAAUUCUCCAUAUGAAAACAUGAUGAAUAUCUAGGAGUAUAUUACACUUUACACUUUCUUUUGGUAAAAUGUCACAUUGAAAACUGUGGAAUUGAACUUCAAAUUUUGUUUUUUGCUGUGUAUUAUUAGAUGAAAUGAAUGACUGACUGACUCACUGAAUUACCAUUAGUGUCUUUUGAUUCAGUAACUGAAGUGUUGACUUAGUUUAUCAUUUGGAAAAUUAAGAUGACUUAUGUGUAUGUUUAGUCUGAUUGGGUUAUAUUUUAUAAUUCAUUGUUUAUUUCGGUUUUUGUUUUUGUUUUUUUUUAAGUUUUUAAAGAAUCUACAGUUAGUCAGACUUUUUUUUUUUAGCUAUUUAUUAACCGACAAAAAUAUUUAUCACAGAAUAUUAGCCAUUUGUGUGUUUGUUGUUGUUGUUGUUGUUGUUGUUCGGUUGUAGUUUGAUGAUUGGAAAGCCUGACCAAAGAAUAAGUUUUCUUUCAGUUCAUCAGUUUGUUCAUCUGCAUCUCUCUUAAAUUUUAAAAAGCAGCUCUGUGAGGUUUUGGCUUGUGUGUGAACUUAAAGUUUAUUUAAAAAUCAAAUGUACAAAACAUUUAAUGUCAGAAUGUAUUGUCAAAAUAAUUUUUUAUUUUCUGCUGUUGAAAGCGAUAAAUUAUUGUAUUGCCAGCCUUUUAUUAUGAGCAUGUAUGUUUUUUAAUUUUUUUCUCUCCAGCCUUUACAUGUGACACAGAUGAAAUAUAGAAGGUGUCCGGCAUGUUUUGGUAAAAGGCUCUGUAUAAAUACAGCCCGUUUUGAUGUUGAAUGUUGUCAGAGUUAGGUGUUUUUUCAAACAGUUGAAUUAAGUGGUUUUUGUAACUCGGAGCAUUAUCAGUGGUAGUAACCAGUGAUUAGUGCCUGUUCAUUUUCUUAUUUCAUGUAUUUAUUCUAACAGUAAAGUUUUGUAAAGUGAUAAUACAAAAGUGACAGAUUCACAAUGAAGUCUGCAGAUAACUCCAGAUGCUGCAGAUAGAAAAGUGAAAACUGUGAAGGGAAGAAGAGCUCAGUUCUAACAUGUAAGAGGUGCUUUACUGUUGCAGCCCACCUGCUGCAGGCUAAAGUCUGAUGUGAUUUUAGUAGUUUGAUCACUGUAAAUGUUUCAUAUUUACCUUCAUAUUUAUAGGGUGGACAGUAACUGUACAUUUACUCCAUGUACUCCGAGUAUAUUGUGAUUGAUAGGUUCAGAUCAUUUUAAUAACUCAGAGAACAAAACAACUCUUUUCAAACUUGCGCAAGGAGAGAUCCGUUCCUUGAACUCAGCUCGCGGCUGAGCGGAAGUUACCUGUCCCAAAGGACGGCUUCCUGCGCAGCGCUUUUAUUCGGACUCUC